AUGAGCCUCGUCCUGUCCCCGCCGAAGCUUGUGCUUUUGGCUGUCCAGCUGGCCAUCCACGCCAAUAUUGAAAGUCUGGCCUUCCUCGCCUCCCGACAUGCCACUGUCCUACGCAAGGAUCUCGUUUUACGCGUUCUCUUGACCUAUCUGCCCGAGACAGUCAGGUCUAGUGACUACCUUUCCUUCUUGGAGGAACUCUCGACUGGCGAAUUCAACGACCGCGAAGCUGAGUACAUCGACUACUCCAUCGUGGAGAACCUAUCGGACGAAGAUGCUGCGAAAAAGGUUCGCAAACUCCACUUGCUGCCUCUAGCUAGGAAGGAUAUAUCCGUUGAUACCGAUGACGAUUCAUUGGCCUUGUUCCUCCUCCAUCGAGCUCACCGUGUCGACGAAGAGGCAGGCCUGCUCCAUCAGCUACCCGAAUUGCUUGGCCCUUUUAUACAAUAUGCUCCUGGGAUCCGAGUCUGGACGGUCUCAACUUUGUUGCCGCUGCUGAGGAGGAAUUACGAAUACUACCCGACCGAAAGCGUGCCUUACACAUUGGCUGAGUUCCAGAGUCUCCCGGAUGGCGCGGCCAUUGAUGCUCUUUUAUCCCAAACGGGCGUGAGGCCGGAGGAAUACGGCUUCAUCGGGAGAGAUCUCAGAGGCAUACUUGUGCCUUGGCUGCAUGAUGAUGCCCGGUGGAAACGCUUAGACGAGACCGACUCGUCAGUCGAGGGCGUGUCUAGUGCGGGAUGGGAACGUUUCCUCGAAUGGCUUCUCUCCAAGAGCUCUAGCUCAUGGAGAGUAGCUGUUGCUGCCGUCGAGCAAUGGGGAGGUGCUGUAGACGUGGAUCUGGGAGACUUUGAUGUAGUAUGGCUCAGCGAGCAGCAGCAGCAACAUCUCGACCGCCGCUAUGCACGGGCGAUUAUGGGUUGCGCUUACCUGGUACCCGAGGCCAGUACAGAAGCGCUCGAAGGAGCUCACCAGAUGUUAAGGAAGGUCAUGGACCUGCUGGGGCAGGAUGAUACAAUGUCACUGCGCGAGGGGGCGGACACGUUGGCUGCUGUUGCUUACUUGGAAGACGACGGAAUCCUGAAUCACAAGAAUACAGCCUUCAUGCGAGACGGUCUGCUUAAGGAUUCGAACCCUCUUACCAAGCCUUCGAGAAAGUCAACGCACCUUCUCCAUGCCCUGAUCCUCAGCGCUUUCAUCUUGACUCAAUCCGGACUACCCUGCACCGUCAGGAGGGCCGGAGCCCUGGCUUUCAUCCAGGAUGAGCGAGACCAGAAGGCUGAAGUGGUGCAGUUGAUCCAUACACUGGCCGACAGAACUCCCAAUAACGACGAAACAUACUGGGUCAAAGCACGGAAUGAGGUCCUUUGGCUCAGGAACUGGGGCAUUGCCCCCUCGCCGGAGGGCAAGGUGAUGGGAGUGUUUGCCAAGGUCAAGCCGGAAGUAAUCGAAACAGAAUUCUUGAGGGCACUCCUGUCUAGUGCACGCUACUCGUUGGCAAGAUCCUUGUACGAGAGCGCCGCCGACAAGCCACUGUCAUCGCAAAUAGUGCAGGAGACCGUCGAAGCUGCUGCGCUCAAUGCGUACGACAAUGCGUCGAACCCGAGUCGCGCAAGGGGCGGCCUCAAGAAAUGCGACGAGAUUAUCAAUGCCUUCCCUCAAACAAUCCACAAAUCUCUACCUGAGCGGCGCCGAAUCGACUCUUUGCUCGAGGCAACGCAUGCCCUCAGCGAAUACCGACUGGUCCUUAGGCAAGCCGAACCUUUCAGCCCCAUCGUGUUACGCGUCCACUCAGAUCCCAUCUCCAUCAUUGGCAAAAUUCUAGAGCAGAACCCGAAGAGCUACACACGCAUCCAGGAGCUCUUGGGCGUGGGGUUCAACAUGGUUCGCGCCGGACUUGUGGACCGCAACAACAAGGUUGCAGCAGCUUACGCCACAGACGAUGGAGAACAAAUCGAGGCCGCGAGACAACGUAUCACAGCCAUGUGCAUUGAAGCGGCUUUGAAAGAAGACGACUUUGAGACGGCGUAUUCGUACAUUGUUAAUCGUCUAAGCGGCGGUGUUGAUAAAUCGGCUGCUUCAAUGGCGAAGAUCGACGACGAGUGGUCCUGGAGGGCUGCCCUGCAGGCGGGACAGUACAUCAGGAGUGCCCGAACGAUACGACCGACACACUUGGGUAACGCCAGCGGUAAUCCCGAUAUCCGGCACCUAGAACAGCGCAUCGACUGCCUGGCAACAGCCCUAAGGAUCGCUCCGCCCUCGCAGUUGCAGGAGAUCCUCAAAACAUUCCGUCGCUGUGAGGAACAGCUCGACUCAGCUAUCAAAGAGGACGCUGCGCGUGAAGAGGACCUGGACACUGCCACCUCUGUCGAUGGGCACUCUGGUAUGCCCGGCGGCUUCGACACAGGUCACGCGGCGGCGAGAUCGCACGGGCCUCUAGGCGAGCGGCAGACCCGCUCUUCAGUCGGUGUUGGGGUUGCAAGCAAUACCGGCGACGAAGCGCCCAUGUCACUAUUCGACCUCUCCCGCGCGACGGCUAGGGCGGCGACUCGCAAUUUCACUGCGCUGUCGACGCUACAGCAGUCUGCUGGUGGCGGCAGUGCUUCUGCCGGUGGUGGCGGCGCCGUGGCUCCGACGCCGGCUGCUUCUGACUCCGUGCCGGACAGCGAGUGGGAUGUUCAUGAUGACCACCCCAGAGCGAGGAAGCGUGAUCAGCUUCGUGAGGCUGCAAUGGGCACCUUGACAUCAGGCGUUGGCUGGCUCAUCGGUGCCCCUGCUCCAAACCAGCCACAGGGACACAGAAGCGACUGA